GGGUUCCAUGUCUGGUUUGGGCGACAUGGGUCAAAAUCAAAUAGGUCUAUAUCCACAUUCAAACAGUCUAUAUCACAACGCACCUAUAGCUCAAGGUCAAGCUCGAGCUCCAGUGAUGGGAGAAAAACUCAGGAUGAUGCAUAACCAAACAAAUAUGUUUGGGCGCUUUCAAUCUGGAAAUACUGGCUUAACAGCAACAUGACAGAUGCUAGGUCAAGCUAUCCAACACCAGUGCCCCCGCAUCAAGCUUACGGCGCAUUAAAUAUGCAACGUCCAUUUGCAUACAAUGAUUCGAAUAACACAACAUUAUUUGUUGGUCACUUAGAUAUAAAUAUCUCAGAAGAGGAACUGAGACGAACCUUUUUGCCAUUCGGGGAGGUUGUCUUAGUAAAGGUACCAGCGAGAAAAGGAUGCGGCUUUGUACAGUUCAGGACUAGAGCAUCUGCUGAAGAUGCAAUUCAAAAGGUGAACGGGACUAUGAUCGAUCAGAAAAUUGUCCGCAUUUCAUGGGGUGUAUACCCGGGAAAACAGCUGCAGCAACAACAUUUCUUCUAUCAGCAGCCACAACAACUACGGCAGAUGCAACAAAUAGAAUCUCCAUUUCAAGGUGUUGUCUCAUCUCCUCUGAUUGGUUCCCUAUCAGCAAAUCAGUCCAAACUGCCCCAACAAAUGUCCUCACAGAUGCAGCAAUCUGGUCCACAGAAACAAACUGCAGUGGAUCAUCAAUGGAUCUCAAUUUUGACACCACAAGUCGAUAAUGUUGCUGCCAAUACUAUGGUCACCCCAGACAGCCCACAGUUGAGCUCUCAAACCUCUGACUCUAAUAGCAUCUCCAGUUUUUCAAUGGAGUAGCAUCUCCGGUUCUUCAAUGGAUCUUCAAGAAGAUAGACAAAGCGGUGGCUGUGGGUACAAGUGACAGAAGUGUGGAGCAUCUGAUAACCCUCUUUUGGAGCCUCUAAAUAUUUACUCUAUUAUUCCCGCAUUUCAGUUAUUCUGUGUUCUUGGAUAUGUUCAGUUUUUUCCUCCACCUUAGUCCCUGGUGCAGAAAUAAGGAUAUGGAUUUUUUCUAUACGUUUCAACAUUCUACCUACCGGAUUCAAACCAGUGACCUAAGGGUUAUCUGCCACAACUACAGUCUUCCGCUCUACCAACUGAGCUAAGGUCGGUUGUGCACAAUUUUCAAGAAACAAACAUUAAGAUCUCUAUGGUUGGUUUCCCAUCAGCAAAUCAACCGCAAUUGUCCCAAAAUCUGUCCUCAGAGCUGCAGCAAUUUGGUCCACAGAAAAUCAUACAAACUGCAACGAGUCCACAGUUUGAGCUCAAGUUUGACAUCACAAGUCAAUAUUGUCGUUGCCACUGGUCACACUAGCCAAUCCACUGCUCAGUCUCAAACUCUUGGCUCUGUUAGUAACAUAUCCAGUCCUUCAAUGGAACUUCAAGAAAAUAGAAAAAGCAAUUAAGCAAGCAAUAUACAACAAUCAGUGUCGGUUGUGGGUACAAGUGACAGAAGUGUUCCGCAUCUGGCAACCCUUUUAUUUGGCUCCUCUUAAAGUUUUUAUUUUAUUAUUCUCCAUUUUGGUCAUCCUAUGUUUUUUGUUUUUUUUUGUUUUUUAUACAUUCAUCUUUUUGAGUUCUGACAGAAGGG